CAAUCAGACCCCACACUGCCCACCUGGAAGCCGCGUUUCGUCACUUGGACCUGGGUAGCUGCCGCUCCGCAAGGGAACUUGACAACAGAAUCUUGUCCAACCUCCACCCAAAGCGCAUCAACGGUCAACCACCACCCAAACACGCGCGCGCCCGUUUAACCAGUGUCGAGUUCCAUACCGAAUACACAAACCUUCGAGCCAUCCAAACGACAUUUUGCCACGACCCCCAACGAUGAGAAUACCAACCCUCCUCUCCCUCCUGGGAGCAGCCACCGCCCUCACCCACAACAACCCCCCUCUUCAAACCUCCCUAACAGUCCACAUCCCCCCCUCGGCCCCCCUCCCCAACCCGGCCGCUCUCCUUCCCCAAACACACGCGACCCUCAACUCCCUAACCAAACACCACUCCGCCCCAUUGUCGGACAAAUCCAACUUCCACUUCCACAACGUCACCCCCGGCUCUUACCUGCUAGACAUCCACUGCCUCACCCACGCGUUUCUUCCCCUCAGAGUGGACAUUUCCUCCUUCUCCUCCUCCUCGGACCCGUCAGAACAAUCACCCAUCAAGAUUGAAGCAUGGGAGACGUUUAGGGGCAACGACUGGGGAAACAAAGGGGAGAAGGUCUCUACUGAGGUGUCGGACGGGAAAUCGGGGAUGGUGGUUGUGGCGAGGAUGGCCGGCCAAAAGAGCUAUUUCAUGGAGAGGAGUUCGUUUUCGGUGCUGAGCAUCUUCAAGAACCCGAUUAUCCUCCUGAGUUUGGUUUCGAUGGGGUUGUUUUUUGGGAUGCCAAAGUUGAUUGAGAAUAUGGAUCCGGAAAUGCGCGCCGAGUGGGAGGAGCAGCAAAAGAGCAACCCGAUGAAUGCGCUGAUGGGGGCGGCGAGCGGGCAGCAGGGAGGAGGGGGGAUGGGGAAUUUUGAUAUGGCUGCUUUCUUGGCUGGGAGCGGUGGGGGUAAGGAGGAUAAUAAGGGGGGGAAUAGUGGUGGGGGGAAGAAGAAAAACAGGUGA